AUGAGGCCUUCACUUCCCCGCGCUCUUUGUAGAAGUGCGGCUCGGCUCAAUCGAGCUACAUCACCAUCAGCUACGUGUGCGUCCCCCUCGUAUGGCGUCCCCUCGCCCAAAGUCCACGACCUCCCCCCAGUUCGCUAUCACAUCUUCCGAGAACCGCUGCCCUAUCCCGUAGGCUUGAAAUUGCAGGCGGACAUUAUAGAUCGGAGGCUUGCGCUAAGGGAUUCGGAGAAGGGGAAGGGGAAAGCGGGGGCUCAGGAUGUGUUGCUUCUUCUGGUAGAGCACGUGCCUACAUAUACUACCGGCAGGCGAGACAACUCGCCAAACCCCGACACGCUUCAUCCCGAAGAAAAGAAGGUCCAGAACGUUGGGGCUGAUUUCUUCAUCACCAAGCGAGGUGGGCAGGUGACGUAUCAUGGUCCAGGCCAGCUGGUCGGAUAUCCCAUUUUUGACUUGAACGCUAUGGAGCUGUCAACCAGGUGUUAUGUCGAGUACAUGCAGCGAUUGCUGGGCGAGUACUGCAGAGAAGGGCUCGGCCUGACGGGGAUCGAGGCGCCACAUAAGGACGGGCAUGUUGGGGUCUUUGCUGGAGAUGGGGAGAAGGUAGCCUCAAUAGGUAUUCACCUUCGCCACCGCAUAACAUCCCACGGCUUCGCCAUCAAUAUCACGCCCGAACCAAAAGCAUGGUUCGACCUCGUCACCGCUUGCGGUCUUGCCGAUAUGCGCGCGGUAUCUGUGCAAGACCUGUUACAGCGACAGCAGAAGAGCGCGAAGCCCUCGGUUGAGGAUGCAGCGAGGGAUAUCAUGGGACGGUUCUCCAAGGCGUAUGGGAGAGAAACAGUCUCGCUGGACCAAGGGGCUGAGGCGGAAGGGGAGGUGGCCGACCUGAGGGAGCUGGUAGCGCGAGCAGAGGAGGAGGCGGGGCGGAUGAACAAGGAGAAAGGCGGCUGGAGGACCGAGCCAGCUAGAUAG